UGUUCUGUGUUGACAUGUAGCCUAGAAGGGGCGGCGAUGGUAACGGAAGAAGUACAACUAGAAUUUGGAGUAUCAAGGCCGUGGAUCAGUAGAAAUGACUUUUGCCGUUUGUUUUGAUCUAGAGAACUAUAGAUAGAGCUCGACUAAUCGUCUCAUCCGGUAGAUAUGGACGGGUGGAGCCCAAUUGUUUCUACAGCCUCGGAUGACGAGCGCUCGAGUUCCGAGGGGGAGUAUAUGGUUGAGACGGGUCCGCGACCGGAGACAGAGGAGAAAGACGUAGAACCAAAGAAAAACGACGAGAGGAUAGACGGAGAUUCCGCUGUCGGAUUUGGACUGUCUGGACUGGGACAGAGCAAUGUGGUGCUCGGUUGUACCGGACAGUCGGCGGAGCAGGAACUCCGGUACCUACACUUGUUGUGGGAACCGAAUAGAGUUGGGUCGGGGGCGGGAGUCGCGAUCAAGCCCGGGAAGGUGACAUCAAGUCAAGCUCGGCGGCACGGGAGAGCCCGGAGGAACGUGGGGCCAAUUGGAAAAGAUAUUUACGCUGUGAAGAGACUGAGAGAAGCAGCAAACGGCAACGACAUCGACACAGUGCGCCGGCUCCUCCAGGAGCAGGUGGAUCCGUGUGCAGCAGAUGAGAAGGGCCGGACCGCUCUGCACUUCUCCUCCUGCAACGGGAACGACACCAUCGUGCAGCUGCUGCUGAGCUCCGGAGCAGAUCCCAACCAGAGAGACGGGCUGGGGAACACACCCCUCCACCUGGCGGCCUGUACCAAUCAUGUGCCUGUCAUCACCACACUGCUAAGAGGAGGUGCGCGUGUGGACGCCCUGGACCGUGCAGGCAGGACCCCUCUGCACCUGGCCCGCUCCAAACUCAGCAUCCUGCAGGAGGGGGAUGCACACAGUGUUCACACCCUGAGAGGAGAGGUUACACAGAUCCUGCAGAUGCUGAGGGAGUACCUGAGUGUGAUGGGUCAGCGUGAGGCCAGGGAGAGACUGGAGCACAUCUCCACUCAGCUGCAGCACACACGCACCAAGGAACAGGUGGAUGAGGUGACGGAGCUGCUUGCCAGCUUCACCUCCCUCAGCCUCAAGCAGAGUCUGGGGGGCCACUAGAGGGGGCUGGGAUUGUGUGUGAGUGGAGAGAGAGAGAGUCAACAUGCACUUAUUGUGCAUUUGAGUGUGUGCGUUGAGAGAGAGUGUGUGUUUAGAGAGAGUGUGUGUGUGCGUGCACACAUGCCGAUCUCCCAACUUUUUAACCAUUUCCUUUCCCUCAAAAUGUAUCUGUGUAUCACUGCCUGUACUGCUGCCAAGCAUGCCAAGGGUACAUUGCCGUCUAAUGUCGACAUUUAAUAACGGUUAUUGUUGAGUACAUUGUUUGCUGAUCAAUAAACGAAGUUUGUAAAUAUC